AUGUGGUACAAUCUACGCCACCUAACGGCCGUGCUCGGCCUCGUGCUCGUGAACCCGGCGGCAGCGUGGAUCCCGGCCGUGCCCAUCAACGACACUGACGGACUCCAAGUCAGCGUCGGGAGCCAGUUGGAGUUGAGCUACAACGACCCGCUAGCCAAGUACCGCACGACAAUAUCGUACCAGCUGCAAUCAGAAGACCGAGAGGAGGUCAUGAACUCGACACGCGGGGCUCUUGUGCACUUCACGGAGGAAAUGUAUAGGGAGAACGUGACGACGACAACACCUUGGAUCGCCCUUAUCUCAUGCGAGGUCACCGAGUCGCAGAACAACACAUUCAUAGACUUGGCUGACAUCUUCACCCUUGCGCGCGAUAGUGGUGCCGUCUCGGCCCUCCUCUACGCGACCAACACGUCGAUGUGCCUCCUCAACCCGGCUUACAUCGACACGGAGAACUUCCACCACGUGCUCGACAUCUUUGCAACCACGGACAUGCGCGGGGCAGUAAUGCUCGAAGGCCAGUUCAGCUACACGACGGCUGACUUUUUCAACUUCAACGCGACGCUGCUCAACGAGUCAGCGUCGGACAUCAACGCGACACUCAACGGUAAACAGCUCAAGCACAAGAGCUUUAUUGUGGCCGAGUUGACCGCAAUGAACGGCACGGCGAAACCCACACAACAGGAGCACCCGACUCCCGAUGAAGGCGGUGUUCAAGGGGGCAAUCAAAAGAGGACGAACAAUGCCAUGAUCGCAGUGUACGUCAUCACGGGGUUCAUCGCGGCCAUGGUCCUGAUGACGUGCUUCUCGGUCGUGCGGCGGUCACUACGGCCCCAAACGCAGCGACGGUACAUCCCCGGUGGGGCGAUGGAGGAGGAGGACGUAGGGCCGCCUCGCCGUGUUGGCCUGGCUCAGGCGAUCGUGGACACAUUCCCCAUCAUCAAGUUCAACAAGAACACCCCGGUGCCGGUGCCGCCAGAGCCACACCGCGCGAAGGAGUUGGAGCCAUCGCUCAACCGCUUUGAGCUGCAGGAGAUGCGUUCACCGAGCUCAGCGUUCCCGCAAGCCUCGACGUUACGCGGAAGCAGCACAAAGGGGAGCAUAGCGACGUACGACACACCUCCGCUGCUGGAGGACUCGCCAGAUGGGAGUCGGCGCGCGUCGACGCUCGAGGGCGAGGCGCUGCGAGAUGACCAAUGCCCCAUCUGCCUCCUCGAGUUCGAGGAUGGCGACGACCUCCGCGUUCUCCCUUGCCAGGGGCAGCACCGCUUCCACCAGGCGUGCGUGGACCCAUGGCUGCUGCGCGUGUCGACGUCCUGUCCCCUGUGUCGGAAGGACUUUAACCCCGAUCUUGAUGAGCACGCAGACGCAAGCGAGGACGAGGACGAGCCCCAGCCACACCGCAUCACGAGGGGAUAUCUCGCACUCAUCAGGCGUGCACGUCGGCGGGAACACGGCGUAGACAGAGGCCCGAGCAGAACGCGGCCGCGAGAGGCGGAUCAAACGGGCCCGGGGGGUUACUAG